AUGAUGUUUGGAACUGGUGCAUUUGGGUUCACAGCAGGGGUAGCACCAGCAGCAGGAGUUCCAGUAGCAACGGGAGUUCCGGACAUUCUGAAAGAGUCGUUCGAUUCCCCUGUCCGAAGCGGUGCAGAAUUUCAUACAGAAAAUCCAACCCUAACCCUAAUUCCAGGACUCCCGGACGAUUUAGCAUCCUUGAUUCUUGCUUUUCUUCCGUUCUCUCAUCACGGGCGACUCAAAUCCAUUUGUAAAUCAUGGAAACAAUUUUUCUCAUCGAGAACCCUACGCUCAAUCCGCCAUAAACACAUCCCUCUCUUGAAACGCUCUCACAUCCUCUGUAUCUUCCCUCAAGACCCUUCCAUUUCUUCGCCUUACCUAUUCGACCCCCAAAAUCUCGCCUGGUGUUAUCUUCCUCCGAUGCCAUGUAAUCCUCACGUAUAUGGUCUAUGUAAUUUCACAUCUGUUUCUCAUGAUUCUCGCCUGUAUGUACUUGGUGGGUCCCUUUUUGAUACCCGAUCAUUCCCACUUGACCGCCCAUCUCCUUCUUCUGCGGCUUUCCGAUAUGAUUUUGUGACACAAAGUUGGGAUUCUCUUCCUCCCAUGCUUUCACCCCGUGGGAGCUUUGCCUGUGCGGCAAUCCCUAAUACUGACCGGAUUCUUGUGGCUGGCGGUGGGUCCAGGCACACCAUGUUUGGUGCUGCGGGAAGCAGGAUGAGAUCUGUGGAGAUGUAUGACAUUAGGAGGAAUGAAUGGGUGGCAUUGGAUGGAUUGCCCAGGUUUCGAGCAGGAUGUGUUGGGUUUAUGGUGGGGAAUGUGGAUGAAGAGAAAGAAUUUUGGGUUAUGGGUGGGUAUGGCGAGUCAAGGACAAUUUUGGGUGUUUUUCCUGUAGACGAGUACUACAGGGACGCUGUGGUGAUGCAGUUGAAAAAUGGUGGGGUUGGGAAGUGGAGAGAGCUUGGGGAUAUGUGGGAAGAAGGAGAGAGGAGGCAGCUUGGAAGAAUUGCAAUUGUUGAGGAUAUCAAUGGUGGUUCUCCUGGAAUUUUCAUGCUCGACAAGAAUGAUAUAUUCAGGUAUGACAUGACUUCAAACCACUGGUGGAAGGAAACCAGUGUGCCAAAAAGAGCAACAGAUGAGUCAUCAAUGGGGUUCGCCGCUCUAAACAGUGAGCUGCAUGUUAUGGUCCUUUACAAUGGAGCUGAUUCAGCAGAGAACCGAAGGUUGAGACGCAAUAAAAGGUCAGCAUCUAUAUUCCUCCAAAUAUACCACCCUCAGAAGAAGAUAUGGAGAACCCUAAUCACCAAGCCACCAUUUCAACAACCUUUAGAUUUCAAAACUGCAGUUAUGUGCACUAUUCGACUCUAACUAGACUCCAUCACUCCAUUCAUAUCUUUGAUGGCUCUAGUGUAUGUAUUUCUGUUUACUACCAUAUAAGUUUGUUGUUGUAUCACUACUUGUACAUUGUACAGCAUGUUGUCGAA